AUGAUUGUCUAUGAUGUUGUUGCGAAGUGGAAGAGACUCGCUAGCCUAGUUUUGCAAGUCGCGGCUAUCGUCACUCCCGGUAUAGUUUCGGACGAUCGAAAACCGGUGGUUCAUGAAUCAAUUAUGCUCGGAGCAAGAGGCAAAAACCUUUUCAAUUCGAAGUCCUCCCACAAUGCAAGCUCGUUGGAGGGAUACAUUUUGCUACCCUCUUACCGAUUUGCCUCGUUACAUUCUUCAUCGAUGAAGCUUUGGCAUCCCCAUGUAGCCGAGAAAAGCUUUGAUGAUUAUGUCAAGAAAAAUAUGCUGGACCACUUGAGUCCGGAGCGACUUUGUAGUGAGUUUAAAACUCCUCAAUACGCCGGUAAUGCAACUACUACAAAGAAUAUUCUACUCAUAUCGCUUGAGAAAGCAUGA